AUGUGCAGCCCGCCCAACCCGAACACGGACGUGAGCGGCAUCGGUGUCCGGAUCUCAUUCUACUUGCAGUCAGUCCUUUUAUCCCUCCUCGCCGCCCGUUCCGCGUCGGCAGACGAAAUCACGGAUGCACUGUCCACGCUCAUCAUCACGAACCUCGCCUUGUGCGUCACGACCAUGGUGCAGUCGCUUGAAGAUCAGCUAGCCUUAUACGACGGUCUCAUGGUCUGCUACCUCCUUACCGGCUCCUGGUUCGCCAUCUUCUUUGCCUUGCCACAAUAUAAUCGGUACAAGAAGUCGGACAAGUGGGUAAAGCUGCUCGCCGUCGGGCAAUCUUACGUCGUCUUCGUCACCGUGCUCUCCAUCUUCGGCACCUCGCCCGUCUUCGGUAACGACCACGAGUGCAACGACCGUCGCUCCGUCGUCAUCUUUGCCCCGUUCGAUGCGGUCACCAAGGGGCGCAUCGCGGGCCUUGCGCUCUACGGUGCGCUCGCCCUGUUUUACACCAUCCUCGUUUGGAACGACUACAACCACACGGCCACGCUCAAGCGCGCGUUGCGGAGCGCGAGGAACGGGGAGAUGAAAGCCAGGAUACUCAGGAAGAUUCCCACUUCCCGAGCGAGGAAUCUCGACCCACCUAUGCCGGAGGUUCCGAUGGUGAACGUACAAUCGGCAUCCACCUCCAAUUUGGGGAAUGCCAUCUACGGCUACCCUUCCCUAGGCAACGGCGGUCCCCACCCCGGUCGAUCACGCGCCUCCUCCAAGACGAGCUAUGGCUCCGGGACAGCACCCCGGCAACGUCACCCGCUCGCGCCGGACCCCCCGCAGGUCCCCACACCGACGUCGAAGAAAGACCGGAAGCCGAAGCGGAACGACAACAGCAACCCGGAGUACAGGCCGAACGUGGACGGGCGCGUGAUCCUGAACCUGACGCUCAUCGUCACCGCGUCCGCGAUCGCGAUCGUCAACACCGAGCUCUUCCGGCACUUCAACCACCCGGACGACGCCGACCGCGACUGGGGCUUUGGCCAGAUCCUGCCCAUGUUCCUCGUCGUCCUUCCCGCGCAGCGGACGCUCAGGGUGUUCUGGGAGCAGAGACUUGGCCCGAAGCGUAACCAGGAGAAGGCGGGCACGAAGCGCGUCCGCGUCAAGCGCCACCUCGCACCCUCCGUGCCCGGCAGCGCGUCGUCUCCCGGCGCGUUCGACUUCAUGUCGAUGCCUUCCAUCGGCGGGCCCACCGGCGGCGGUGUGAGCGCGGGCUUGAGCGACUUCGGGAUGUUAUCCGGCAUGUUCGGUGGAGGUGGAGGGCCGCACGGGAUACCUCGACCGGAUCCGCACGGCGGCGCGCGGAUCGAGGAGGUGGAGGACGACGAGGACGAGGAAGGCGGAGACUAUCGCGAAUAUCACGAACCCGCGCCGCCUGUGACGAUGCCCGUGCCCGUGCCUCAGACGUACGCGGGUCACUCGUCCGAGGCCGUGUCCACCGCGGGGUCGUCCGUCGCGCCCGGCACGGCGGCGUGGGCGGAAGCUCGGGCUGGCAACGAGACUAAGGUCUGA